AUGGACGAAGCCGAGGACAAAGAAAUCAAACUUCAGCGAGCUUCUGGGGAUUUGAUCAGCGAAUUCUCAGCAAAGUUGCCUGGCUUGCUUUGGAAACCGCGAGUUGAGAAUGGACAGGAGACCCAAGUUCUAAGAAGAUGGACGCAGGCUGCGAAGACAGAGAGACUUAUAAACCUUCUCGAGCCCUUUCAAGAAUGGCCACAGUUGCUGGAUCCGCACCUGCAGACGCUUCUGCCCCCUCUGGUUGAUGCUUUCCUCAUCUACUUAGUCAAGCAUCGCGACCAAUAUGGGUCUAGAAGUCUCAGGUCGCAGCAAGGGCAGUCGCUUUACCCCUUGCCAAGGGCUAUCUGUAGACUUCUCUACACGUUUUGCAAGGUCCGCGGGGUCAAGGUCAUCAGUCGGUUUCUCAACAAUGAGCCAAAGUAUCUGGAUCCAAUGCUGCGCGCUUUCGUCGAAUGGGAUGCACUUCGUGGUGACCCUAGCGAAGAAGGCCCACGGCGGUUAGUUUGGGAGGAACGGUAUAUGAUGUUGAUAUGGCUUUCGCAUCUGCUGCUCGCCCCGUUUGACCUUUCGUCCAUGUCCUCGGACGAUCUCCCAGUACCGUACGAGAACCUGCAUCACAUCGGGCCGCUGCCCGAGAAAACACCGAUGCUUACAAGGUCUUUGCUUUCGGUAUCAUUGAAUUACGUUCACGGUCCUGGCAAGGAGCGAGAAGCGGCUACUAUGUUGCUGGCGCGAAUGGUCCUCCGACGGGACAUGCAAGCCCUCGGACUCUUGACUAAUCUUACGGAAUGGGCAUUCUCUACUCUUCAACCUGGGGUCGCGGCCGAGAAGCCCUCCGUCUACACGUGUAUCGGGGUGUUGGCUUUCCUAGCACGCUUGGGUGCUUCUGGUCAAGUGGAUGAGUUUGGGCCCCUGAUAGUUCCGAUAUUUGAACGGACCCUGCGCAUUGCGCAGGAGCAGACCGGUGUAUCUGGAAUAAUAAAAUCGUCUGCUAUUGCCCGGAAAAUCAUUGUUAAGAUUCUUCGUACAAUGACAGUCAUGGCGCUUUCACUUAGCGAGAGACCAAACAGUCCAAUCUCAGAUGACAAAGUGUCUUCGAUCCUGGAGGACUCGAUCGAUCAUUUUCUUGUCUCCCUGGCGGACAAGGAUACACCAGUGCGGUUUGCUGCGAGCAAGGCCCUCAGUAUCAUUACCCUGAAACUGGACCCCGACAUGGCUUCUGAAGUUAUCGAGGCUGUGACUGGCUCGUUGGAGGAAAAUAUCCUAUAUGAGAAGCCAGAUGGAGCCAUAAUCGCGCCCUUUGAAGCGCGCAGAAUUGGUGUUAACACACUGAAGCAGAAUUUGAGUGCGGUGGACGCCCAGAGGUGGCAAGGCUUAAUAUUGACACUAGGUCAUUUGCUUUUCCGCCGGGCGCCACCAACCGAUCAACUUUCACAUGUCCUGCAGCCACUGAUCUCUGGUCUGGAUUUCGAGCAGAGGUCGUCGACAGGAAGCUCUGUGGGCACGGGUGUCCGGGACGCUUCGUGCUUUGGGAUCUGGGCCCUCUCCCGCAAAUAUACGACACAGGAAUUGCUGGCCUUGAAUUCACAAACGAUCAGCACGCCCACCGGUCAAGAUGAGAAAAGCAUCCUGCAGAUGCUGGCAACGGAACUUGUGUGUGCUGCUUGCGUGGAUCCUUCAGGAAAUAUCCGAAGAGGUGCUUCUGCUGCUCUACAAGAGUUGGUCGGCCGUCAUCCUAACACCAUUGCCGAAGGCAUAUCGUUAGUACAAGUGGUGGAUUAUCAUGCGGUUGCUCGACGCUCACGAGCCAUGAUUGACGUCGCGAAAGUGACAGCAGCACUGAACCACUGUUAUUGGAGCCCACUGGUGGAGUCCUUAUUGGGUUGGAGAGGCAUCGGAUCACCAGAUGCUGAAUCCAGAAGACAGGCGGCGAGAGCAAUAGGAGUCCUCAGCACCCACGAAUCAUACAAAACCAUGGGCUCAGUGCUUCGGCGGUUGCGGCAUAAAUUGGCAACUCUUCCUCGUGGUGACGUUGAGACACGACACGGUUGCUUACUGUCUAUAUCUGCCACAAUAGACGCCUUCAAUUCAAAUCAAGCAAGGAUAGAAAAUAGCGAAGAGCAGUCCACAGCCCUUGAGGUUGCCCAACAGAUAAUUGAGCUCUGGGAAAUCUUCAGCUCUCCAAUAGGCCCAACCAAGGAGGACCUGACACUUCAAAUCUCUCGACCAGAACUGACCGCUGAGGCUUCCUCACGCCUAAUUUAUUCGCUUUCUCAAUCGGCUCCCCAUGUUGAAGGGGCUGGUUUUUCACGGCCUUCCACAGUCUCGCUUGAACGAGCGCAUGACACCCUCUUGCUUUGCAUAUCCCGGAGUGAAGAAACCGCAAUAGAUGCCUCAUCCGAUGCUAUAUCCGAAUUAUUCCCUCUCCUUUCGCUACAAAAGCAGGAAGAUACAAUUCAAAACUGGUUCUCGUACAUACAUUCUACCUGGAAGCUUCCAACUGGCAAGGGACAGAUCUCGGUCCUAGGUGCGGUUUUCAGGCAACUUCAACCUGACAGCAGUCUAAGAGAGUCUGUUAUCAAGGAGCUGUUACGAUCCACGGACAAGGAGGAAUUGAUAGAGAAACGGGUGGUGGCUGUGAGAAGUUUGACAACAGGAGUGCUGCCUCAUACUGUUAUCACAGAGGAUCUCGCAAGUCACAUCAUAGAGUAUCUGAACGACUACACGACUGACAGGCGCGGUGAUAUCGGGUCCCUACUGAGGCUGGAGGCAAUCCAAGCGGCAAAGACAGUUCUCAAGAAUAAGCCUGGUCUUGAUCUGCUUUCUUCUCACCUGCAGAGUAUCAUUGGGUGCCUCUGCCGGCUUGCUACAGAAAAGCUGGACAAGGUUCGUCUUCAAGCUUGGAUCUGUUUACAAGACUUUUGGGAGUCAGCCGAAGACUUUCCUCCAUUACAAAACAAAUAUGACCAUUUCAGCCAUGUGUCUUCGACUGAAUACUUCACUCAGUUACUUCAUUUGCAAGCCAUUGAUUGGCUGCGUUUACCAUUGUACCAGGGACUGGCUACUUCUGCUGUUGCCGGUGCUGAAGGGCUCGUCCGAUCUUCUCGACUAGCAUUGGUGCGAAGCAUCAGCAACUAUAGCGAGGAGCAACAGCAGUCCAAGGCCAUAGCCAUCUUAAGUGAUCUUGGAGCUAUACUAAGUGAUAAUCUACACGACGACCGUUACGCCAUCCCGGUGAUGGAGUUCGCGGCGUUUUUCUUAGACGGAUAUGUCACCUCUUCCCUCGAUGUUUCUGAAACAGGUCUCAGAAGGUUAUUCACCCUUGUCCAGAAAGCUCACUUCAAAUCUCCAAAUAUGGCGAGGCUUGAGGCUGCGAUCAAGGUGUACGCCCCUCUGUGUCGGUUAGAACAGUUAAGAGCCGAAUGUCUGAAGAAGAUGGUUGGGAUGCUGCUGCACCCGUUCCCGAAGGUCCGCAACCUCGAGGAAAGAAUCAAGGUCGACCAGCUCAAGGAAGCUCUUGCCGAGAUCUUCUCUGAAUAUGGCAACAUCCUUGAGAUCGUUGCGAAGACCAAUCUGAAGGCGAAAGGGCAAGCGUUCAUCGUCUUUGACGAUGUCGAAUCCGCAACCCGCGCGAUUGACGAAGUGAAUGGUUUCGACCUGUUCGACAAGCCCAUGGUCCUGGACUAUGCAAAGACCAAGAGCGAUGCGACCGUAUUGCGCGAAGGAGGCUCAGAGGAGCUUGAGGUCCAUAAGCGGAGGCGGCUAGCGGAGAAGGAGCGCAAACAAGCUCACGAAGCCCUCGAAGCUCAAAAGAAGCUCAAGCGUCCUCCUGGCCCUGUCGACACAGCGCGUCCAGCCAAGACCGUCAAAGGCGCCGGCCUCAAACCGACGACCGGUGCAACUGCCGCCGUCAUCCCGGACGAGUACCUUCCUCCCAACAAGAUUCUGUUCUUGCGGGAUCUGCCCGACUCUGCCGACCAGGACAGCCUUACCGCGGUGUUCGGCCGCUUCGAGGGGUUCAGGGAAGUCAGAUUGGUCCCUGGUCGGAAAGGGAUUGCUUUCGUCGAGUACGAGAACGAAUCGGGUGCUAUCAGCGCAAAGGAAGCGACCUCCGGCAUGCCCAUGGGAGACGAAGGCAAGCCCAUCCGCGUUACCUACCAGAGACAAUGA